AAAAUCCUCGAAAUCUCUCAUCACAUUCCCGUGUCAUCGAUGCUUAUCAAGAACUGACUUUUACGACCCGUCCAUCUCGUGCAGAGAGAGAGAGAGAGGGAGAGAGUGCGAGAGAGAGAACGAACGAGAGAGAGCGAGAGAGGGAGAGAAUGUCCAGAUCGUUACCAUACGAGACCGUGAAAAACCACGUCGUGCGGCCUUGCUGAUGACUUCCGGUAUGCCAGCGCAUCCGGCACGCGAACCUGUUGAUACGUUUACAACGAGGGUGCAAGUACCCCGACACUGCGGUAGAACGCGCAGGUCUGACAAAACGGAUCCCAAAGGCAUGGCCAGCAGCACGGAGGAUUACGGAUCGGAAUUACAGGAGCUGCAGUGGGGCGGGGGUGGGGGGUCCCACUUCCUGCGUAGCGGUUCCCACUUCCUGAGGAGCGGAACAGGCGGUUGUUACGAAGCCGAGGAUUUGGAGCCGACGAGCAGGCACCAUGGCAGCCAGCACAGGGGAUAUUACAGCCCUCCCGGCACGAGUUACACGAUCGUCGAGAGGCCGCCGAGUGCCCCUCACCACCAUUCGUCCCACACCACCCCGUACAGGCAUAGGGGGCACGCCACAGCAGGAUCUGGCGCCAUCUCGCCUGAGCAGGUGCUUAGACUUUUCGGAAACGGUGUUUCGGAGCGUCGACAGGGGGACAGAAGGACACCGGCCUCCUCGCCUGCGAGCGUUGCCGCGGUGAGAAGCACUCCAUCCUCCACGUCCCAGCAACAGCAGCAAUCCCAGCAAUCGCAGCAAUCGCAGCCGAACCCGGCCAAUCCCCCGACCUCGCCGAGCUCCCAGCCCCUCAGCCUUCAGGAACUCACCGUAAGGACAAUCACCAUGACGAGAGAUCCGCCGGACUCUCAUGGCUUUGGGAUCUGCGUGAAGGGUGGCAAGGACGCAGGUGAGAUCCGAAGUACCUUCAGGCUACCUCCAUCGCCGUACUUCGCGCCUCAAGAUCGAGGGGUGGGUGUCUACAUUUCGAGGGUGGAGGAGGGUUCGGUGGCCGAACGUGCUGGACUCAGGCCAGGAGACACCAUCUUGGAGGUGAACGGCACACCCUUCCGGGCGGUGACCCACGAGGAGGCCCUCAAAAUGCUGAAGUCGUGCAGAACGUUGAGCAUGACCGUACGAGGUCCAGCGUUGGAUCCACGAUGCAGAGGUGGGCAUCCUGUCUGGUCAUCUUCCGGUCGACAGCAGUCCUGCAGCUGGAUCGACCGUCAAGGUCGUCCAACCUCGCCACCGCCGCUUUAUCCACCUAGGGACCCUAGGUACGGACCAAGGACGAGAAAGGUCGAGCUCUGCAUCGAGCCUGGCCAGUCUCUCGGCUUGAUGAUCAGGGGCGGCCUCGAAUACGGCCUUGGGAUUUAUGUGACAGGGGUCGACAAGGACAGCGUGGCCGAUCGGGCUGGACUUUUGGUAGGUGAUCAGAUCAUCGAAGUGAAUGGGCAGAGUUUCGAGGAGGCGACCCACGACGAGGCAGUAGAAAUAUUGAAGACGAACAAAAGGAUGACACUCCUGAUUCGCGAUGUGGGAAAAGUGCCACACUCUUGCACCACGAGCCAGCCUAUCGUCGUACCGACGACUAGAUACCCUGAACACGAUCCUCUGCUCUUGGAGAGCCCUGGAAACCAUCGACCACCGAGUCCUACUAUCGCGAGCGAUUGGAGGCACAGAAACGUGCACAUGGUUUCUGCCGCGACUGCCGCGAUGGUGGAGGAAAAAGCGAGGGUGGUCCUCGCGAGGAGCGAGAGGGCCGCCCUUUCUCAGCUUCUGGCCGACUACAGGACGCGUCGAAUGACGAUCGAGGAGCUGGUUGUCAGUUUAGGCGACCUGCUCAACACACACGAGAAAUUGACUCUGCUUACCGAGCUCAGGGAACUCGUCGACAGCAAAGACAGAGCUGCCUUCGACGAUUUGGUUUACAGGCCUCGAGUAGCCAGGAGAAAAGGUGAUCGUGCCCAUUCGGAUUUAAUAGUGACGCCAUCCCUUCACGAUCUUCCGAGGGGUGUGUCCGGUGGUUGUUGCCGUCCGGGACGACUGGUGGACGUCGAGGGAGAUCCUCUAGGAGUGACAGGACCUCUCCUGCCAAGGGAUAACCAGGAAUAUAGAUCACCCAGCGAGGACAGCGGUCUCGGGGCCGACAUGCCCAGGACCAGAGGUGGGUGCAGGAGGACGCCGCAGCACCAAGUGACCACUUCCGAUCUCGCCCUCUCCAACGACGACGAGUGCGACAACCAGGAUUACGAGGACGAGUUGGAGAACGGGCGUGGACGUAGGCACAGCUCGCCAGGUGGCUCGAGGGGGAACCCGAGGGAUUACGGCCACCAUCAUCUUCAUCCGGACAAUUUGGAGAGCGACGGUGGUUGCGAUGGUAGCGACGCCGAGAUGAUCGGUAAUGGGAGACGCGGAGGCGGAACGGAAAGGGAUCGCGAUAUGGAGGAGGAUGAGGACGAAGGAAGGGAGGAAAGGAGCUCAGAGGGUGGAGGUGGUGGAGGUUUCGGUGGUUGGAGGUCCCACCUGCUCGGUGGGCUGACGCAACGUGUCAAAUCCUGGUACUGGGGCGCCAGGCCCCUCGAACUCGCGCACAAGCUCUCGCGGAGCUUCGACAUGCAGGAGGCUCAGCUCCUCGAGGAGGGUGGUUCUGGUGCCGCUACAGCGGGUGCUGGGGGUGCGGGUGGUCCGCCACGAAGGCAUCACAGCGCUCAGAGACUGGCCAGGAGCGAAAUAUCUGAAAGAAGGGAAGAGGACGGAGCUUUGGUGGUACCCGAUCACCAGGGCAACCUGAGGAUCACCGUGAAGAAGACCAAGUCGAUUUUGGGCAUUGCCAUCGAGGGCGGCGCCAAUACCAAACAUCCACUGCCCAGGAUCAUCAAUAUACACGAUAAUGGGGCAGCUUACGAGGCCGGUGGCCUCGAGGUCGGUCAACUGAUCCUAGAAGUCGAUGGACACAAAGUGGAAGGUCUCCAUCAUCAGGAGGUGGCAAGACUGAUCGCGGAGUCGUUCGCGAGGCGCGAUCGCAACGAGAUCGAGUUCCUGGUGGUCGAGGCGAAGAAGAGCAACCUGGAGCCGAAGCCGACAGCACUGAUAUUCCUGGAGGCGUAGCAGGAAUCUCCCACCUCCGAGCCGGAACCACCGUAGCCCAACCUGACCAGAGCUCGGCCCGCGACACACUUGGAGCGUCGUCGACGCUGAACCGACGUCACAAGAAGCUGAAGAGAUCGGUGAUGGACCAGGAAAUCGAUCAUCAAGCUCGUCAUCGAUCGACAACGAUGCGAAACGAAGAGAAAUCGACGAGAUGUAGGAGAAGGACGAGCUUGCUCUUCAUCUUCAUCGAACGCUCCCGAUUCGACGGUCGAGCUCUCAGUCAGGUGCUAAUCGAACCUGGCCUUGGUGGUGGGAAUUCUCGAGGAAGAACAAACAAGAGAGAGAAAAGAGAAAAAGAAAGAAAUUAAAAAGAAGCGAGCCACAUGGGGGAGGGGAGGGGGACAGAAAGAAGAUGUUGGGUAGCGAAUGAAACUUACGAUUAGCGAGUCAAUUGGAUGAUAAUUGAUCGUCGUGAUGAUCGCCUCUUUGUUGGCGAGGUAACGUUGAAAGCUUCUAUCCUUUUCCACGUGAAGCUGUAACGAGAGGCAGCUCCAUGACGUGAGACGAGAAUCGUGGAAUAAACAUGGAAGAUCCGAAGGAGACAAAACACAGGAGUACAAAAGAAAUAUACGGUUGAAAUAUGAGAUCUGAUAUAAAGGAAAGACGCUAUGAGUGCAAGGAUAACGUUGCAUGGGAGUUGGAAGAUUGACUGUGCCAAACUAUUAGGAUUGCUUCGCGUAUAUUAAUUACGAUACCUUUAAUCCUAACGAGAUUCGAUCAAAGACUCUCAACCAGAGACAGAAAAAAGGUUCACAAGUAUGAGGUACCAUUUGUGGGAUCCUGAGUGCUACGAACUUGUGCCAACACCUCACGACGACGGUGUUAUGGCUCGAAGCAGAACACGAUCACGAAGAAAAGUUUUCACGUGCACGAGUCGAACGUGCCACGAUUAUGAGAGACACGUGAGACACGGUGAUUCGCUGUUGACUAAAAUACGUUAUCGAAGAUCCUAUGGACGGUGUCGUCGGUCAGGAUUUUCGUCGAUCGAAUUCCUCGUUGGCUUAUUUAGCGGCGGUGAUGACAAUCGGUGUCGAGAAAAAAGAUUAUAAUUUCAAACGGAUCCAUAUAUACAUAUAUAUCUACGUACGUAUGUGUGUAUUUGGUGGUAUUGUCUCAAAUUUCAAGUUCUCGAUUAAAAAUAUUUUAUUUCGAAUGUUAAAUUUUAAGCCUGUUAGAACCUUCGACUACAGAUGCCCGAAACUCUAUUUUUGCACAUAACCUAGAUAAGCGUUAGUACGAAAGUAAGUGAACAGGCGGCGUUGCAUGCAAAGAUGGAGAGAACGAAAUCGACGAAAAUCCGAAUCGAGGAGAGGCAGAGACUAAACAUAGACUUAUUAUUGGGAAUUGUUGAGGCUUAACAAAAUAUAUUAUAUAUACACAUAUAUUAUAUGAUAAUAUUAUUGACUAUUGUAGUGGAAUUGCAAACUUGUACCUACCCGAUCGCACCUCGCUCGCCGACUUCCGGUCGCGCGGUCGGUUAUCGUGAAGAGCGCGCAGAAGGGAAAAACGGAGAGAGUAUUAUUCUACUAAGAAUAAUUGCGAUAAUAUUUUCAACGAAUUAAAAAAAAUAAUGAUAAAAAAUAAAAAAAAACGCGUAUUUAGCAAUGAGCCUGAUCGUUCGAAUUUUCGAGGGGUCGCGGACGAUCGCGGCAAAAAUUUGUCAAAAAUUUCUUCGUUCAAGUCGUGGUCCGAGGGAAGAAAAGAGGAAUAAUUUUCCACGAUGCGCGAAACUUUAAAUAAUCAUUCGCGAUAGUGGAAAUUGUUGUUGAAAGCGACGAUUCCUUUCUAUUCGAACCGUGCUCCACGCUCGGAAAACUCGAGCGCCCUGUAUUUUUCAUACAAAGAUAUUUCGACGCUUUUUCACUUCGUUCUCGUCGUGGAUCGAGCAUCGUUUGGACAUUUUUUACGAUGAAUCAGAGGAGAAGAGACUUUUCUAAACGAAUGCAAUUUGUAUCUUUAUUGUAUUCUCGAUCGAAUUUUUCGAUCGUGGCGCACGAUCGCGUCGAUUUCACCGCGUCGCUAAUUGGAAAAACGAGGAAGAUAAUUUAUUGCGAGUUAGUAGAGCGGUUCCUAUUAAUUUCAUUUAUUUAAAUAUUACAAUUUUUUCUAUCCAUCUCAGGAUGAAAAUGAUUCAUUCUUUUAGAGAUGGAAUUUUAUUUCGCUCGUUUCAUUGAAUAAGAACAAGAAAGUAGAAUUCGUACGUGGUUUGCGUUAAUGGAGAAGGGAAGAAAGUAGAAUUAAAUUUCAAAUUAAGUAGAAAGUUUGAUUUCCUACGAUAGAAAACAAAAAAAAAUAAAUAAAUAAAAAUAAGAGAAAAAAAGAAAAAAAGAAGAAAGGAAGAUCGGUUUCAGGAACUGGUUUGUUAAGAACAUGUUUCGCCAACUAUUUAAAUAACGUAAUUGUUACCGCAAUAAUUACAUUUACAUAAACGAGUAGUAGUAUUAAUAAUUAUCAAUUCGUGAGUAUAACGUAGCGAACGUUGUUGUAAAAGUAAAUGGUUAUACGUCUUGUUUAAUAUAUCUACCUGUUACCAAGUUAAAUGUAAUUUUACUAGUAGUGUGUAUAAGUUGGAUAUCGACGAGUCCACGAGUCGUUUUAUCGAAUAAAACCGAUGAUCGUCCGCGAUUUUGCUCGCUUUUAAAGAGGAAAAAAAGAAAAAAAGUAAAAAAAAAAACAAGAUAAAAAAGAAAAUAAAAAGGAGUAAAAAAAGAAAAAAUCGCGAAAAAAAUACCGUGCAAGCUUAAAUAGUUAUUAUCGCGUUUGUGUAACGGAACAGCAGAAUCGGAAGGCGAGCCGAUGAGAGGAAACGAGAGGCACCGGUGAUUCAAAGAUUCGAAGAAAAUUGCUUUCUUUCCAAUUUUUCAUAGUGUUAUUUAUGAAUGUGUUAUUUUACUUCUGGGACUUUUCCUUGAAAAAGAUUGUUCUGUCUCUUUGUUCUGAUUCUUUGUAAUUUCGAUUUUUUGAUUUUCAAUGAAAAAUUUUCAUUUCGUAAACGAUCAAAAUAUAUUAUCGAAUGAAAAUAACGUUAACUAUUCUUAAACGUUUGACUUGAAAGGGAAAAAAAUAUACAUUGAAUUUUUUAAUCGUUGGUGUAAAUUAACCGAGAGAAGAACGUUUCCAAACGGUGAUGUAUCUGGAUGCGUGUACAAUGCGUAUUCCGGUAAAUGUGCCAAAGAAUAAAAAAGGAGAAAAAUCAAGAAGAGAAAGAAGAAGAAACAUAAAAGUCAGAAAAGUUGUGUAAACGAUCGUAGAUGGGAAUCAUCGCGUGUGGACGAGCAGAGAAGAAACAAUUCAAAAAAGAAAAAGAAAGUGUUUCGUUGCUGAUGUGCACUUGAUUUGUUUUCUUCGUUAUUUUCUAGCACAAAAGUGCAAUUAUAACCGCUGUCUCGAGACGACUGUAAGAACGACAAAUGAGGAAGAAUAAAUAAAAGAAAAAGAAAAAAAAAACGAAGAAACGACGGACAGUAAACACGGCUGGCUGCUUUUCGAUUAACCGUACAUGCAAAACUAAAAAGAUACCUCGUGUAUUAAUGUUUCUUCCUGUUUUCGAAGCGAAUUUUUCUAACGCAGCAUCCGACGUCCCUGGGGAAAAAAAGAGAAACAAAGAAGAAAUAGAAAAAAAUAAAAAUAAAAAAAAAUCAGCGAAACAGUCAGGCCGACUCUGUCACAAUUAUAUUAAAAAGAAUAAGAUAAAGAUGAAAGAGUAGGAAGAUCAUGGAAAGUGGGGCGCGAAAAGAAGAAAAGGGGAUGAUAUUUUUGUAAAAAGCCUUCGAUGCAACGCAAUCACAGGAGCGAUUCGAAGAUCUCAGCUGACAUAUCCGACAAUGCCUUACCGCUUUGAAGAAACGAGAAGAAGAAACAUGAAUAAAGAAAAAGAAAGCGAACCGAUCAACCGAUCGAGGAAAAUCCCGCUUCAACUUCUCACAACUUGAUCAACUCCCUGUGGAAACGAAACGAGGAACCAGCGGCGAGCGAUUUUUUUUCCGAUCUCUCGAUUUUGCUUAACGAUCCGAUUCGACGUUGGUUAUAUUCUAUAUUUCUGGUCGAGGAGUUAUGUAAAACAGGAAAGUGGGGGAAAACUGGUUCUAUCGGUCUCGGUUCCGGAGAUGGAUAAAUUUUCGAGCGAUGAUCCACGCUCGAAUUUUCUAAAAUCGUUUUUUUUUUUUCUAAAUCGUUAUUAAGAAAAUUAUACGCCAUGUAUCGAUCCUCAAAGGAAAGGAUUUAUCGAGGUUUGUUUUCCUUCUCGCCGAUAAAAAUAAGCGGCAUUCCGGCUUGAAAAGAAUUCUCCAAGCUUCCUUAUUAAAAUUCGUCUAAGUUUAAGAAAUUUUGAAAGAAUAUUAUCUUUCUUUCUUUUUUUUAUUUCACCCCGAUAAAUUGAUACUUUCGAUUCAGAACGUUAUCGGUAAGUUUUUUUUUAUCGGAUUUGCAAUGUAUUCAAAAACAAGAAUGGAAAUGGAAAUGUUUAUCGUUUAAAGACUGCCAAACUGUUGCAAUUACCACGUACAUUUAACGGCUACGUCUUAUCUUGCACGAUGUAUUUUAUCUUGCUCAUGGUCGCUGAUCCCUCCCUCCGAUCCCAUCGAGGCAAGAAGAGAAAACAGCAAAAGUCGCUAGCUAUUUUUCCACUCCCAAGUUCCCUUUAUUCGUCUGGCAGACGGAAGUUUCGAACGUAAACGUGUCUCAAGGAAAACAGAAACUGUCGCUCUCGGUUGAUCGCUUUCCAAUUCUCGAAAAAGAGCAGCGAAAGAGAAAGGCAGAAUACGCAGCGUACCAACGAAGACCAUCGUGAUUCCCCUUCGAUUCCACGAUCUAUCGAUCUGUCUACCCAUCGAGUAUCGAUUAUUUUUUUUUUUAUUCGAUUCGACGAUAAUAAUUUUGAUGGAGAACGAAUUGGAGAUCAUGAUUUAAUGAAAAUGGAAUUAAAAUCGAGUGACGACGAUCGAUCACAAUAUUAACGACGACGAUUUUAUUCUCAGGGAAAAUCGGUUUCGUUACCGAUUUCCGGUAAAGCAGAUCGAACGUUCGCGCUUAAUCCAGCGUUGAUGUCUCCGCUCCAUAGUCCGUGCUCUUCUCGCCACUUUGAUGUUUUCUUUCUGUCCAAGUUUGACAAGUUCAGUUUGACAAAGAGGUAACGUUGCUCGAAUAUUUGGAAUUGAUCUUUUUAUCUCUUUUAAGAAGAAAAACGAAAUUAUUACAGCGAGGCUGAUAUCAAUAUUUGAUCAUUUGCUAGAAGAUUAAUAAUAAUUAUUACUUGAGAAUUACACUGUUCGGACUCGAUACAAACGAUCCCUCAAUUAUUCUUCCUUUCUUUUUUUUUUUUGUUUUACAAAAAAGAAGAUUUAACGAACUAGUUUCUGUGAAUAAAAUUACAUUACAUGUAUAAUUGUAUAUAAUUUAGUGAUAAACCAUCGCUAGAGAAAUAGAAAGAAAAUUAAUUCCAAAGAUUCAGACUCAACGUCCCCAACGGGCGAACAAGCCACGGAACAAUUAGUCGGCAAUCGAUUCGAAUCAAUUAGAGCUCGAAGGGGAAGCAAGAAAGAAAUCGAGCAAAACCAAUCGCGAUAGAUCGUAGAUGUAUCGAUUAGAGGAGAACACUUUAGACGAGACACAAACUGGGUCGCGUCCACGAGAACCCUGCAUUAUUUAAAAUAAUAGCGUUGGGCUCCGAUGAGGGCCUGUCACAAAAAAUUGCGCGUGUCGCGCUGCACAGAGAAGAAAGAGCGUCGUAAUCUAGAAAAGAGCGAUUUAUUUUUUCAACGAACAAACAGAAACAAAAGAAAGAGAGCGAGAGCGAGCGAGAGAGAGAGAGAGAGCGAGCGAGAGAAAGAGAGAGAGAGAGAGAGAGAAACGAAACGAGAAAUACACGGACUCGUAAUAACCACGUUAAACCUGUUCAGCUUUCGCACGUUCACCAUCCGCAAACUUGCUUUUUCUCGAUCGGCCAUUGGAACCGUGAGUGCGGGCGAGCAUUGAAAUCGAUCCUCUGCACCGAUCAUGGGGAUCCGAUCACGUGAUGAAAGGUGAGACACGGAUUUCGAACAGGGGAGGAAGCACGUGACUGCGUUCGAAACGAAGGAUUUCCUCCUUCUUGCGGCCGAUUCCGACGAGACAAAAAUGGGGGAAUUGAUCUCUUAGAGGAGGACGAGGAUCGUGGAUCUUGGAUAUUGUUUAGAGGAAGAACAGUUGCAAGAAGCUUGAGAAAUAAUAAUAGUUUUCUGUGAGUGAUCGACUUAGAAUAAGAAAUUAAUUUUACGUCGAAGUACAAACGAUUGAAUUAAAUGAUUGAUUCAUAUAUUCGAUUUCGUGGAAGCGAAAAUGAAUUGGAAACCGAGGAGGAAAUCGAGGAACAGAACAGAUACGAAGGAUAAAUUCUGAAUAAAGUUGUAAUUAUGGAAGAGUAUUAAAGAUUGGAAAGACUUUCUCUAAACUUUCUUAAACGUCGAACGCGGGAAAUAUCUCAUUGUCGUCGGAAUGAAAUUGAUCGUUGUUGUUUUGGUGAUGAAAAAAAUUUCGAGACGCAGAGGCUCGCCCAUUCACGGUGCCACCGCGAAAAGAAGAAGACUCGAACGACAAUCGAGUGGAUCUUUAGCUUAAGCUUCGUACACACCCUCGCAACAAAUCGUCGUGAAACGUGCGAGAAAAUGGAAUGGAAUGAGAAGACGUGGCAAGGAUUGAUUCAGCGCGCGCAGGAUUCGCGAGGCGAAAAUUAUCGAGGCGUGUCGCGAAGAAACGAAUCCGACUGUGCGGACUUGGCGGAUAAAAUCGCUGAUCGAAUUGUAAAUCAGAUGUAACUGUACUCGUAACGUUUCAAAGGAACACUCUGUACAUAAGCAAACCGCUCGUUCAUACCGCGUUUCAUAGAUCAUCCUUUUUGCAGCCGAUUUCGUACACCUUUUAGCCGACACGUAUACGACACGUAAAGAGAGAGAGAGAGAGAGAGAGAGAGAGAUUGAGAGAUUGAGAGAUUGAGAGAGAGAGAGAGAGAACAAUUCACACGCAUACAUACAGACACGCGCGCACACGUACAAAGCAUACACAAAGAAAUGUGACACACAAAAAAAACAUGAAGACAGAAACGACGUUCCAAUGGAUGAAAACGAUGUAGCACGUCGCGUUAAUUAACGAACCAUCGAUUAAUACGCUCAUCGUCGUGGAACGGAGAUAGAGAGGAGAUCGUAUGGAUGAAAUUGUUACACCAGUAACAUGUAUACAUUGAUACAUUAGAAGUAUACAGGGUGUAAAAGAAAUAUGUUCGAACGAUCUUAUCGGAUUGCUCGUUGUGCAACUGUUGUUUCAGGAAAAAUUAGAUUUCUAGGUUCGCUUUCUUUCAUUUAUUCUAGAAUGAAGAAAGAUUCUGCUAUAUAAAUCUGCUUGAAACAUUAAUUUUAAAUCGUCCGAAUAAAUUUUUCUUUUUUUUUUUUUUUUUUCUUAAACUUUCACUCGAGGAAAAUGAAACAGACGAAAUAGAAAUCUAAAUAAAAUUCUUCUUUAGAUUUUCUUAUUUAUUUCAUUCGUGGAUAGAGAUUAGAUUAUUCCUCGAAUCUUUUCUAAAAGCGUAUACAAUCAGAAUUUUGUUUGACUUUUAUAGGAUAGAAAUAAAGGAUUGUUGUUCGAUUUUUUACACCCUGUAUAAUGUAUAAUAAUUAUACGUGAGUAUAUACUACACACACGAUACAAUCACGGACACGUGUAGAAUAAAUGUAAAGAAACAAAGAAAAUUCAUCGUUUCUCCGAGUGCAACGCGCGCGAACGUAUUGUUUGAUUAUUGUUAUAUUGAACCGACGCUUUGUUCGAUUGUUAUUGUUCAUUAUUGUUAUAAUCAUUAUUAUCGUCAUUGGAUGUCGCGUGCAUGAUUGAUAAUCAUCGCCAGCCUGUCGAUUCUUCUUUUUGCGCCAUGUUAUAAUCAUUGCAUAUAAUAUAAUUGCGAUCGUAAAUAUUAUUAUUAUUAUUUUAUCGUUAUUAUUAUUAUUAUCGUUAUUAUUAUUAUUAUUAUUCUUGAUAACAUUAUUACCGUGACGAUGGCGAUUAUUAUUGUAAUUGAAUAAAAACAUUCACUACGA